ACCGUCUGCGCAUUUGCAGACCACCGUCUCCCCUCCUUCCCCGCCGCGACUACCGAAGCGUCGAGCCAUUCGCUCAGCCCGUUGCAGCGAGCAGCUUGCUACUCGCGAGGACGUUGUGUCCUCUCUCAGUUGACUUGAGCAUGCUCCAGGCUCGUCAGGAUCGACUCACCCUCAAUGUCGUUGCACUGCUUCGCAUUCUCGCCAUCCUCUCUGACCAUGAUCGCACCCUCCCGAUCAUCCCAGUACGACUCGGGACCUUCACGAGGGUGUACUCAGCGCUGUGGGAUUCCGGUUCUCAGGGCAACUUCAUUCACCCACACGUGGUGAAGGAAGUCCGCUUACCCACGACAGGGUCUCCGACUCCCAUCUCCGUUACCCUAGGGGAUGACAAGACCCAGCGAUUCUUCGAUCAGACGGUCACCGACCUCCCCUUUUUCCUCACUCCCGAGCCGCCUGAUCGUUCCCCGGCGUCUCGUCGCCACCGCUCCUCUGCACAUUUCGAUGUGAUGGAGACGGGGUACGACUUCAUUCUCGGCACUCUGUGGUCUCGUCGGUUCCGCAGCACCGAGGCCGAUUGGGCGACCAACACUCUCGUUCUCAAAACGAAGUGUGGACAGACGUAUCGCGUACCUUUCAUAGGUACCACGGCGAUACCACGCCCCGAUCCUCCUCCCCCGGAGCCGUUAGUGCCCACACCAUCCCCCUCUAUCACUGUCACCUCGCCUCGGCAGUUCGCUCACUUUAUUCGACAGGACGACGUCACCUUCUUUCUGGUGGACGUGACGAAUCUCUUACACUAUGAUCCACCCUGUCCCGAUGCCGAGGUCAUCCCUCUGGAGCCAGAUCCUCACUCUAUCUCCAUGGCUCCUAUCUCUACUUCCGUCCCUCCGCCGUCCGUCGAGUCCACCCCGCCGUCGGGCGCUGACGCUGACGCUGAGGAACUCGCACGAUAUACGGCUGACCUGGAGCCCGCAGUCCGUGACCUCAUCCGAGAGUACCACAACGUUUUCCCAUUGUCGUUCUCGUACGCCGGCAUCCCACCGAUGCGUGACGUCGAGCACUCCAUUCAACUUGUGCCUGACUAUCGUGUUCACCACCAGGCACCCUACAGACUCUCGAUUCCCGAGGCCACCGAACUCAAGCGUCAACUUGAGGAGCUCCUGAGACUGGGUUUCAUUAAACCCAACAACUCCCCGUGGGGUGCACCCGUCCUCUUUGCUCGCAAAGCGGAUGGAACUCUCCAUCUCUGCAUCGACUAUCGCGGUUUCAACCGCUACACGAUCCGCGUCGCUGCAGCCGACCAGCCGAAGACAGCGUUCCGAUCGCGCUUCGGCCACUACGAGUUUACGGUGAUGCCAUUUGGCCUAACCAAUGCACCCGCCACCUUCCAGAGGGCGAUGAACGACAUCUUCAGGGACAUCCUGGAGCAGUAUAUUCUCGUCUACCUCGACGAUAUCCUGGUCUACAGUCGUACCCUUGAGGAGCACCUCAGACACCUCCGCGACGUCCUUGACCGCUUCCGCAGACAUGGCUUCUACGCCAAGUUGAGCAAGUGCCGCUUUGCCCAGCACAAAGUGAAUUUCUUAGGACACUACGUGUCUGACCAGGGUCUCCACAUAGACGACGCGAAGAUCACUGCUAUUGCGGAGUGGCCCGCCCCCACAUCCGCCAAGCAGCUUCGCCGCUUCCGAGGCCUGACCAGCUACUAUAGUAACUUCAUCCGGGGAUACGCUACGUAUUCCUACGUCCUUACCUCCACCCUCCUCCGGAAGAACCCACCCUGGGCUUGGACACCCCUCCACGAGGACACCUUUCGCGCCCUCAAGAAGGCGGUGACAUGCGCACCGGUUCUUCACCUACCCGAUUUUGACCGCCCUUUUAUCCUUACCACCGAUGCGUCAGACUUUGCUGUAGGAGCAGUGCUUUCUCAGGUCUUCCCCUCCUCUCCUGAUUCCUCUCAUCCUCGUAUCCCUCGCUUCCCACCACCUACCCCUACCACUGCUUCCCGACUGAUGCCUACUCGUCCAGCUACUGACGAGCCUUCUAUUGACUAUUCUCCUACCAUCGCAGAGGACGACACUGUCGAGUCUCGCUCCGGUGAUUGUUCGAUAGCCUUCUACUCCCGUCAGCUCCCGUCCGCUGAGAUAAACUACACCGCUGAUGAACGUGAGCUACGUGUCCGAGCAGUAGCAGAGUUCCAUGACCAGGCAGCUGCCGGUCAUAUGGGCUUCCACAAGACGUUGGCUCGUGUGAGCCGCCUGUACGUCUGGCCGAAGCGCAAGGACUUUGUGAAGGACUACGUCGCAGAGUGUCCGACCUGUCAGGAGGUGAACAGUGCGAACCACUUGCCUUAUGGUUUGCUCCAGCCUCUUYCUAUCYCYGAGGGUMGUUGGCAGUCCAUCUCGAUGGACUUUAUCGGUCCUCUUCGUCCUCCGACCCCUCGCGGUCAUGAUGCUAUCCUGGUCGUCAUCGACCGCUUCACGAAGCGUGCACGUUUUGUUCUGUGCCGCUAUGCCAUCAGUGCACGUGAGGUCGCCAACAUCGUGUUUGACCGAGUCGUGCGUGACCACGGCUUACCUCUGAGCAUCAUAUCUCCCCGUGACCCGCGCUUUACCAGCCGAUUCUGGCGACGGCUCCACGAGGUAUACGACACUCAGCUCCGCUUCUCCUCGUCUUACCAUCCUCACACUGAUGGUCAGACCGAGAUCACGAACAGGACUCUCGGAGAUAUUCUCCGAAAGAUUGUUCGUGACGACCAGCAGUGGGAUCUCCAUCUUGCCCACGCGGAGAUAGCCUACAACCACGCCGUCUUGCCAGCCACGGGGAUGUCGACUUACUAUUGCGACCUCGGCUAUCACCCUCGUGUUCCCACGGACUUCCUUCGACCAUCCCAGCUGCACCCCGACACGAGUUUUCCUGCGCUGGACAAUUGGGUGGCACACAUGACGUCGAUCAUGAAGACCGCACAUGAGCACAUAGCCGCGUCCCAGACUCGCAUGGCAGCACGUGCGAACCGAUCGAGGAUGGAUCAUCCAUUCAAAAUCGGUGAUGAUGUGCUUAUCGACGCCCGCCACUUACAGCUUGAAGCGGACACGCUUCGCAAGUUCCGGCGUCGCUUCUUUGGCCCAUGCCGCAUCCUCCAGGCCGUCGGUUCUGAUACGACAUCUAGCUCGGUCAGCUUCCGUGUGAAGCUGCCCGAAUACCUACGCCAGGCUCGUGUGCACGAUGUCUACCACGUCUCGUUACUGCGUCCUUACUGCAGACCGUCUGCGCGUUUCGCUGGAUGACCAUACGAGCGUCCUCCACCCAUCAUGGUGGACGGUCACGAGGAGUUCCUCGUUUCAGACAUCAUUGGUCGCCGAGUCACCGACGACAACCCUCCCCACGUC